CUCUGAUGCAUCUGAUCGCGCCAGCAUCUUAAUGCAGUUUCAUUUCGACCGAGCAACGCAUUUUAGUGACGAAACUAAUACACAAUCAUAGAAGAAUACCGAGAAAUACAACACACACGGUUUCAAUAAUGUCGAAUCAAGAGUCGAAGCCGGUGAUAAAGGCCGAUCCUACCAAGGGCGUCAAGGUGGAUGUGGGAGAUGUCUCUAAACCCUUUCGGAACGAAAUCAAGCAAAAGGUUGCGGCUUUGAAAAAAGAGGGGAUUGGUGAGUUGAUGCCUUGGAAUGGUACCCAUAGAUUAUCUUUCAGAAUUUACGGGUCACGUAACAAAAAUUAUUCAGGCGUGCACAGCUUUAUUGGAUUGAGUUAUUUUCCCUACAAAGUACGCACGAAUGGUUCAAUCAGAGUGGCUAUUCUCUCAUUAGUAAUUGCUCAUUUUGUCAAAUUCAGAAUCUCCUCUUCUAGUGGGUUUGUUGGCAAAUAAAGACCCCGCUGCUCGGAAAUAUGCCGAAUGGACGGGUAAGGCUUGCCGUGCCGAUGGAUUACGUUACGAAUUAAGAAUUCUAGAUGAUCCUAUCGAAGUUGAAUCCGCAUUGAUUGAUGCAAACGACGAUCCCCGCGUGCACGGAAUCAUUGUUUACUACCCAAUUUUUGGACAGCAGGAAUCUUUUUCUGGAGAGUCCCAGGAUGACUACCUGCGUGACACUGUUAGCCACAAAUGUGAUGUGGAGGGCCUUUGCCAUUUAUACCGAACCAACUUAUACCGCAAUGUCAGAUUCCUGGAUUAUCCGACAAAUAAUCAAAAGUGUCUCCUUCCGUGCACGGCAUUGAGUACUCUAAAAAUUAUAGAGGCGUGCCCAGGUACUUAUGACAUGACGAAACCGGUGGGUCGUAAAUUAGAAGGGAAAACAGUUACUAUCAUCAAUCGGAGCGAAAUUGUUGGACGACCACUUGCAGCUAUGCUGGCAAACGACGGUGCUGUUGUAUAUUCAAUUGAUAUCAAUAGCAUCUAUAUGUUUCGGGACGGUCGGUUGCAUCCUUGUGGAGAUGACGUGAAUCCAGAGAGUUGCGUGAGAAAGGUAGGUGGAAAGAAUGGAUCGACCGAGUCACUGUGGUUUCAUUACUUUUCAAUAACUUGAUUUUAUUAGUAAUAUUUCUCACAGCAUUUAUGAUUUUUCUUGUUUGUCUUGGGGCCUUUGGCGGUAUUAUUAGUCUUCGAUUGUGGUCACUGGUGUUCCCACCAAAAAUUAUAAGCUUCCAACCGAAUGGAUCAACCCCAAUACUACUGUCGUCAAUGUUGCGUCUUUCAAAAAUGUUGACGAAGAGGAACUGCUCAAAAUUCCUGGUGUUGUUUACGUGCCUCUCGUUGGAAAGGUUACUGUGGCAAUGCUUCUGCGCAAUUUGAUGAGAUUAUAUGAACAAUUUCACUCCCCAAACUCUGUGAAAACAAACACCAACCCCAACGAAAGCACCAGUACUUUUUGGACCAUUGGACUGCAGGCUUAUAGUGCAGUCGUAUUGACCGCUGUCCUAGCAAUGCAACUAUUGAAAAAGUAAUGACCUUGGCCAUUCAUAUUUGUGGUAGUGCUAUCUCUUUCAUCGGUCUUUGAGGGUAAAAUAUGUGACUUUAAUUUCGGGGCCUGAGAAAUGUUAACUACCUCCUAUCUUUUCUUUCAAGAUUCGUAUCAUUUAGGCGUUAUAUCUCAAAAGU